UUUUUUUUAUUUUUAUAUUUCACACCAUUCUUGAUACCAACAACUAAACAAUACAAAGUUCAUUCCACAAACCCCUCAUUAUCUCAUCAAGGAAAAUAAAGUACUAGAGGCCAUUUUGGGCUUGCAUGGGGUUAUCAUUUUCGUGCCCAUUUGCAGCGUAUACCGAUAUCGAGGCAGCCCUUAAGUCCAUAAUUUUACAAGAUGGUGAAGUUAAAAGUUUUGGGUUAUCUUCUAGUUUUAAGAUCCAAGAUUCUGAAACACCUGCAAUGCAGUUAAGGGGUGCUCAAGUAAUGAAAAUUGAAGAAUCUGUUAGCUUUAAACUUUCUUCAGAUGAAAGAAAGAGAUCAAAUCAUGUCGAAAAGGCUGAAAUGCUCUCUGAAUCCUUAGCAUCUGAUAAUGUGUUUGAUGAUAUCGAACCAGAAAGCCCUAAGCACGAGGCAGCCACGAAGCUGCAGAAAGUUUAUAAAAGUUUUCGAACAAGACGAAAGCUAGCAGAUUGUGCAGUUUUAAUUGAACAAAGCUGGUGGAAGCUUUUAGAUUUCGCGGAACUUAAAAGGAGUUCUAUAUCAUUUUUCGAUCUUGAGAAACAAGAGACAGCCAUUUCACGUUGGUCUAGAGCGAGAACAAGGGCUGCCAAGGUUGGGAAAGGUUUAUCAAAGAAUUGCAAAGCCCAGAAGCUAGCCUUGCAACACUGGCUUGAGGCAAUUGAUCCAAGACAUCGUUAUGGGCAUAAUCUACAGUUCUAUUAUGGAAACUGGUUGCAUUCUCAAAGCAAAGAACCCUUUUUCUACUGGUUGGAUAUAGGAGAAGGGAAAGAAGUAAAUCUUGUUGAAAAAUGUCCCCGUUCAAAACUUCAACAGCAAUGCAUCAAAUAUCUCGGCCCCUUGGAGAGGAAAGAGUAUGAGGUUGUGAUUGAGGGUGGAAAACUUUUAUAUAAACAAACUGGCGAUUAUGUAGACACCACAGAAGCACCAAAAGGUACAAAGUGGAUCUUUGUUCUUAGCACCUCUAGAACUCUAUAUGUUGGCAUUAAAAAGAAAGGCUUAUUUCAACAUUCAAGUUUUUUGGCUGGAGGAGCCACUUUGGCAGCCGGGAGAUUAGUUUCCGAGAAUGGUGUCUUGAAGGCAAUUUGGCCUCACAGUGGUCAUUAUCGACCCACCCUAGAAAAUUUUCAAGAUUUUGUUUCGUUCCUGCAAGAGAAUGAUGUGGAUACUACUUAUGUCAAGAUGGAUUCAGAUGAGGAUGAUAAAGAAUCUUUGGGCAAGCAAGGUAGUAGCCUUCAUAUAAGAACUCACUCUUCUGAAGAAGAUGUGAGCGAAAAGGAGCGCCUGGAUACAGCAGAGGUGGUUGUAGAGGAUUAUCCUUUGAUAAGGGACAUUGUCAUGAAGCAAAUUACUUGUUUGCCCCUGGAGUCACCAAAGAAAUCGAGACUAUCUCGAUCAUCUAGUAGGAAGCUAACUACCCUCAUAAUACCAUGCAAAGAUGACAUUUUCAUGGUCCAUAGUCAGGCAGAUGAAACGGGUUUCGAAAAUUUUGCAUCAGAGGCCAUAUUGGAUGGUUAUGAGGCAGCCGAGGACUCGUUUGAUUCCCAUCAAACUCACGCUCAAUCAGAGCAUGACAUGUCAGAUGAUGAAGAAGACGAGCCAAACUUAGAGGACACGGUUCCUAAAAAAUCAAUCCUCCAAAGGAUUGAUUCACAUAAAGGUACAAAGUCGUUUCAACUAGGGAGGCAGCUCUCCUGCAAAUGGAGCACAGGAGUGGGGCCCCGUAUCGGGUGUUUGAGGGACUACCCAACCGAGCUGCAAUCACAUGCAUUGGAGCAGGCGAAUUUGUCUCCGAGAAGUGCACCUUGCAACCUUAAGUGCACUGAUAAGAGUUUUUUCUCAAGAAAUUACGGACCUUACAGAACAAUAUCUUCCCCAAGCCAAAUAGGUGACUUUGCAGAAAUUUUUUGAUUCAAUUCCAUUCUUUUUAGGGUGAAUAUGAAAAUUUUGACAUAGGAAAUUUAUUCAUUCUUUUUAAAGCUCAAAUGUCCAAAGAUGUAUACAGGCUUAGUUUUUCGUUUCCUCCUGCCAUAUAAAUACAGAUGUAAUAGAAAGUUGUAGAUGUUACAUAUGUAUUCAUUGAUAACACCCUUUUUAAAGUUGAAUCAUGAAUGACAGAAAGUUCAAAUAUUUCUCAUUUUA